CCACACUCAAGAUUUUUUUUACCAGUGAUUUAACAAAGGAAUGAGUUUCAGUAUGAAGCAAAUCAGAAAACCUACAUCUGAAGAAACGAAACCAAAUUUCAACAUCUCUUCAAAAUGUUUCAAUUAAAAGUCAAAAUCGAACUCCAAAUUUCUCUUCUCGCCCUCUUUUCUAACUCUGCAAUUCGUGAAACCCUAACCCAAGUUUCGUUAGCUUCAAUUGCUUCAAAUCUUCAUCACAGAACUCGAUUCUUCCAUCUCUAUAUUUUAGUAAAACUCAUCUCUAAUCUUCCCCGAAGACUCUCAAUUUCAUCUUCUACAUAUUCUCUGAACAAUUCCACGAAACCCUAAUUCACUGAAUUUGUGUUUCAACCGAAAAAGAAGCAGAUCUCGUUGAUGCUGUAGAAGAUGAAUCUGUAAUGGAAUUGAUGUCUGUAAGAUUUCAAGAAACAAGGGUUUGAGGUGAACUUGAGAUGAAGCGAAGAUUUAAGGGUUUGAUUUUGUUGUAGUGAAGCUUUGAACAAGAAGGAAUUUGUGGUGGUGAUUCUACUGGAUGAACUGUUGGUCUGUCAUUGCUGAAAGUUAUGUGCUGGCAGUUUAAGAUUGAAAUGUUGGGUUGCAGUUGAGGUGGAGAUUGCAGGGGUACGUGGAGCUGAAGUUGAAGUUGCAGUAGAUGAUGAUGUCUAAGGUUGAGUAGCUGGUGAUGCUAGCAAGAAGAAUCAGAUGAGAAUCAGUUGUGUUGCUGCUGUUGAAGUUCAUUGAAAUGGGUUAUAUGAAUGUUAGGUUUUACAGGUUAUGGAGCUGGUAUUGGUGCUGAUUGCAGCUGCAGUUUGAUAGAUUCUUUAUCUGUUACCUUCCAUGGUCAUGAUAUCAUAGUGGAUUCUGAAAUGGAGCUUAAUUAUGGCAGGCGUUACGGUUUGCUUGGUUUGAAUGGUUGUGGAAAGUCUACUCUCUUAACUGCAAUUGGAAAAAGGGAGCUUCCUAUUCCGGAUCAUAUGGAUAUUUACCAUCUUAGCCGGGAGAUUGAAGCUGCUGACAUGUCCUCCCUGGAGGCUGUUAUAAAUUGUGAUGACGAGAGGCUAAAAUUGGAAAAAGAAGCUGAACGUUUGGCUGAACAGAGUGGAGAAGCUCUAGAUCGUGUUUAUGAACGGUUGGAGUCCUUGGAUGUUGCAACAGCUGAGAAAUGUGCAACUGAAAUUCUGUUUGGUCUUGGUUUUGACAAGAAUAUGCAAGCCAAGAAAACACGGGAUAGUUAUGGAAUUAUAGAGUACCAGGAUGUUGAUGCUUGCAUUCCAAGAUGUUGCUGCACGGUGCAAGGGCAAUGCAGGGAGCUGGACAAGAGAGGAAGAAACCGCACUGAAAGAAGGUGUCCAUAGUUAUUACAGUAUUACAGAUUUAAUUUUGUAUUUAAAUUCUCACUUUUUUUUUUCAAAUCGAAUAUGUACCACAACUCAGGAUUAGAGUUGUCAAGGAAAUGACAUACAACUCUUCCCAUA